CACAGUAGGAGAGAGGAUAGAAUGAAUAAGCAAUCUUUCUUUUUCUACUUCUGGCACUUGCAUCUUGCGCUGAUUACAUGCAUGCUUCCUCUCUUUCGCACAUCUUUGUGUUUUUUCUGACCUGUCCGUCAUUCUUGUUUACAUAUUUCCCUCCCUUUGUCUCAGUGUCCCUCCCCUCGUUCCAGUGUCCUUGCCUCGAGGUCCUCCCUGCACACUCCUCUCCAUCCUAUUCCCCUCGUACCUCCUAUUAUAUCCCUGCUCUUCUCCCUGCCUUCUCCCAAAUGUCUUCCUUUAUUUGUCAAUGACCCACUGAACCCUCUUUCGCUUUCUAAUCACUCUUAUUCUCAUGCAUGCCUGGAAACACUUGCAAACACACAUGCAUACACGUGCACUUACAUGCAGGCUCACUAACACAGCCACAGUUAGAGAGAAAACAUAAGAAAGGAAGAUUUGUUUGCUUUUGCAAUGGGCAACUCUGUAAAGUCGCUUAAAAUUUUCACCAAGAAGGACCAGAAGAAGAACUACAAAGCAGUGCAAUCCUGUGAGGAGGGGGGAUCUGGGGGGGCCUAUCUUGAGCCACUAGUAGCCCUGGCCCAGAACGGAGCCAACAUGCACAACGUACUGGGGCCUGCAUGCAUCUUUCUACGCAAGGGCUUCGCUGAGAGCCGGCAGGCUGAUCGAGAGCUGAGGCCAGAAGAAAUGGAUGAGCUGCGCGAGGCCUUCAAGGAGUUUGACAAAGACAAAGAUGGGUUCAUUGGCUGUAAAGACCUGGGGAACUGCAUGAGAACUAUGGGAUACAUGCCAACAGAGAUGGAGCUAAUAGAACUGAGCCAGCAGAUCAACAUGAACUUGGGAGGACAUGUUGACUUUGAAGACUUUGUCGAGCUCAUGGGGCCCAAACUUCUGGCUGAAACAGCAGACAUGAUAGGGGUGAAGGAGCUGAGGGAUGCCUUCAAAGAGUUUGAUACUAAUGGUGACGGUGAGAUUAGCACCGCAGAACUCAGAGAAGCCAUGAAAAAACUUCUGGGACAGCAGGUUGGACACAGAGAACUGGAGGAAAUACUACGAGACAUUGACAUCAACGGAGAUGGACAUGUAGACUUUGAAGAAUUUGUGCGGAUGAUGUCUCGGUGAGUUCCUGGCUGAGAGCUAAAACGACAGCCUGGAUUCUCUGUUGGGUUUUGGAGGAAAAGAAGUGCAAGUAGCACAGAAUACUGAUGAAGCUUGAACUUCUGAAUCUGUCAAUGAAGAAGACAGCAAAAAAACAAAACAAGAAAACAUAUCAAACCCUGCCCUGAAACUGCCACGCUGAAGCACAAAUGCUGACGACUACAGUCGGGAGCGACACUGUUAAGAAUAAUAUGCUGCUGCUGUUUCCAAGAGCAUAAACAAAACCAAUGGCUGCAUUUCUCACUUUUGCAAAGUAGUUUUUAAAAACGUAUUUUCCUUUAAUGACAACAUUUCUAAUGUUGAUGUGCUUUUUCUCCUGACUCAAUGGGUGAAGCUGUUUUGCUCACCUACAAACUACAUGCCAUUAUACUUUGAUAAUUGUAGCAAUUAAGAAGAAGCAGCAGUAUGCCAGCAAACACCCAAACUCAUACAGCACAUUCCUUUUUUUAGUGCCGAGGGUUUCUGAAGCACAAAUACAAAUGACAAUAUAGAAACAUGUCACGUGACCCCUGUCAAGCAGCGUGUUUGUGUUUUGUGCAUACUGUUGUUUCUUUCCACCUUAUGCUGUACAUGUGUUAUGUCACUGGAGACUAUCGUCAAACCCCAUUGAAGGCAAGCCAGUAUUUGUUCGGUAUAUGUUAUGUAGCACCGAUACAGUUCUCAUGAGUUUAAUAACAUUGUACCUAUUUUACUGUGAUAUAUAGACUAUAUAUUUAUGUGUGUGUCAUUGCCACUGUGCAUAAGACUGACAGACUCUUUCAACUGCAAUUUGCUAAUCUUGAAGAUAGGCCUUAUUUUUUAUAUAUAUGGUGUGUUUUGCUAUUUCUGAAUUACUUCCGCGAGUAUAUUCAGAAUACACAAAACAUGUUUUGACACUGAGAAAUCAUCCACGCCUGACUGUGCAGAUGUGGGAUCAACAAAGAGGUAAAUUAUAGGUGGCAGAGAGAUUCGGUUAGUGCUUUUAUUAUUAUCAACGAGCUUUGAUAAUUGUGAGUUUCUUUGUGAGUUUUGCUGAGUGAACAAAAUGUUUCUGAAGUUAAAAAAAAAAAAUCACACUUGGUGCAACAUUUACAUUUUUACCUUUAAUACCUCAAAAUCCGUCAAAUGACUAACCUCACUCACAAACUCCCUCCUGGCACACGCUUAUCUUCAAUACACUGCACGGACAAAGCUAUUGGGCCACCUAUACACUACACCUAAAUCCCAUUUCUUAAUUCCCACACUAAUUCUGCUCAAAAUGCUGACUAUAAGUAAUAAGUAAGUUUUCUGUCUAAUUUUGCUACAUUGUUACAGAGUCAAAUGAUAAAUUUAACUGAAUCUAAUUGAAUUAAAUGUACUUGAUUGGCAUAUAUUUGGAUUAUACAAAGCAUAUUUUCAUUAAUCAUGACUUAUUUGAAUAAAUGAACUUUUGAUUUUAUGUAGUUCAGUUGCACUUUGCUCAAAAUUAUUGUUUCGUGUUUAUGAGGGUAAAGAAUCAUUUUUUGCGUGAGAUUGGUCACUUCGCGAUCUCUAUUCCACUUCACCCCAAAGGUGUUCGUUUGGGUUGAGGUCAGAGCUCUGCAAGUUGUCCCACACCAGCUAUGCCUUUAUGGACCUUGCUUGGGGUACAUUGAUGCGGGAAUGAAAAAAAAGGGGGCCUUACCCAAACAGUCCCCACUAAGCUGGAGAAUUGUCUAAUAUGUCUUGUUAAGAUGAAGCUAUGGGUAGGCGGUCCAAUAUUUUUGUCCAUGUAGUGUACCAGCUUCCUUGCCUUCAUUAUCAAUCUUUCCGAGGAAGCAGUGGAAGCUUCUUUAUGGGAAAAAAAAGCCAAAGAAAGUUUACAAACAUUAUUAUGUGAGUCUAAUCCAGUUUGGUAAGUAGAUGCAAUAUUUUUCAGAAAUUUGAUGCACUGAAUUACAUUUUCAAAAUGACUGCGUGAAAUGCCCUUUAGUUGUUGGGACAGCUAAAUUAUUUGUAGACUGUUCAUGAAUGGAUGUGAGGGUAUAUGCAUGCUGUUUAAAAAAAAGAAGAAGAAAGAGUUGUGGUUUUACUUGUCUUAACUGUGUGAAACUAUGCAUGC